GCAUUCCAGCUCAGACACAGACAUCCAAAGCAGCGUCGGCCCUUGAAACAGACUCUCAGCGGACACAAAGAUGAACACGCCGCAGCAUCUCACCCUCCUGGUGGCCAUUUUGGUGCACGCAGCCGUCGCCUUCCCCACGGACCGAAGAGCGGCGCCCGGCCGGGACAAAAAGGCCGCCUGGGAGGACAUGAACGUGAUGGCUCACGGCCUGCUGCAGCUGGGCCAGGGCCUGAAGGAGCAUGUGGACAAGACCAAGGCCCAGAUGAGGGACGUUAACGCCAGGCUGAAGGCCUUCAACUUCACCGUGGCUGAAAUGGAGAGGAGGCAACUGGAGCGAGAUGAAACCCUGGAGGCGAGAAACAAAGGGGUGGAGGAGGAGAGGGAGAAGCUGGCGAAGACACAGAGCGACGACGUUCACAGCAGGAUGGACAGACUGGAGGAGAAGGUGGACGAGGUUCUUAAAGGGCCAGCGCGGGUCGGCAACCACAGCGAUCACACAGGAGUCCCAUUUAUACAGAGACUGAUGGCGGCGCAGAGCAGACGCAUCGAUCAGCUGGUGGAGAAAAUCAAGCAGCAACAAGACAAACUGGAAAAGCAGAGUCUGCAACUGCAAACGCUGCAAAUCAAGGUUGCAGAAAAGAGAGUAAAAUCCCACCGACGGAGAGACGAAGAGACGGCACUGAGGGGAGAACCACAGGAGCCCAGCAGAGACGCAUCAGGUUUGGCCAGAGACUGUCACCAUCUGUUUUUACGGGGAAAGCAAGUCAGCGGCGUCUACAAAAUACAGCCGCAGAACUCCCAGCCCUUCAACGUCUUCUGUGAAAUGACUUCAGAAGGUGGAUGGACCGUGAUCCAGAAACGCCACGAUGGAUCCGAGAACUUCAACCAGCUGUGGGAAAGCUACAAGAAAGGCUUCGGCAACCUGAACGGUGAGUUCUGGUUGGGCUUGGAAAACAUCCGGGCUCUCUCCAGCCAAGGCCAACACGUUCUGCAGGUGGAGCUGUCCGACUGCGCAGGACAGCGGCGCCUCGAGGCCCGAUACCGGUUCCGACUUGAUGGGGAGGAGGAGAAGUUUGCUCUCCACCUGGAGCAGGAGGCCUCGCCUGGGGCCGAGGAGACAAUGGCGACACCCGAAGAAUCCGGUCUUCCCUUUUCCACGGCGGACAGAGACAACGACCUGGCUUCAGACGGAAACUGCGCUGCGCUGCUCUCAGGUGGUUGGUGGUUCAGUGACUGCGGGGGGGCCAACCUCAAUGGGAGAUAUCCCAGAAGGCAGUGCGAGCACAGGCGGCGGCAGCCCAGAAGACAAGCGCUGUUCUGGACGUCCGCAAGGGGACAGGACGCCCCUUUGAAAGGCACCCUUCUGAAGAUUGCCCCCGCCACAAUGAAAUAAUAAGCAGAUCGAAGAAAGCGUGACUAUUGACUCUAAUUGAUGAUCUCUCCACCAAGCAGCGGGUCAUCAGAUACUUCUAUGCUGUGCCAUACGGAUCAAUACGCGUCACAGUGGACACGUUCAGUCAUAUUGACAAUUAUUUAUACCCUUUAUGAGGGCUUCUUGAUUUUAUUUUGUAAUGCUUAAUGUAUGUGUUUUAAGUUAGUUCUACUUAAAUAUAUAACGUAUUAUCUUCAUCAUUAAUACACUUUUGAUGUUUCAUUUUUAUGAAGUGGAUGAGAAUAAAAAAAGAAGUAAAAGUUUAAUGAAUCCUUGUUUAUUCAUUAUUACAUUAAAAUACUUGGCACAGAGUGUGAUGUUUGUUUAACAUCUCAUGAGUGUUGACAAAGGGGUUCAUUAUGAUUUCUUUACUACUGCUGCUCCCUGCUGGGGAAAUGACAAAGAUCACAGAUGUGUCAAAUUCAGAUGGAAAACUCACACCUGUAUUUUUGUAUCAGGAUUAGAUGAAUGGAAAAGUAAAAUGUUUGUCUUUCUGA